AUUUUCAUUAAAAAGCAAGAAACUUCAAGUUCCUCAUUAUCAAGCUAGCCACACCAUCAACUCUCUUCCCAUGUAUGCAUCAACUUCUUUUGCUGCCUUCUCCACUGCUUCGUCCCAUGAGCUUCUGCAGAACAAUUGUGAGACCACCCACAAAUUGUCCUGCAUAAGAAAAAGAUACUAGUAUCCCCCGCCUUGAACUUGGGUUCAAUAGAUGAUGAUGUUGGCUGCUCAAUAUGAGAUUCACAAACAAAUUCACCACCCAAUAACUUAUUCACAAACAAUCGAACAAUCGAUUCACAUAUGGAUCAUUCAUCACCAAUCAAUGGCAAAUUCAAAAGAAAAAAGAACUGAAGGAUUGACCAGGCGCCGACAGAGGAGAUGCUGGUCAGUAAGGAAAUUAGAAUCGUGUUUGUCGACACGGGUGUGCGGGGACUUCUCGGCAGAGAGAUCUUCUUGGUGUGCAAGGGCUUGACGCGGAGAGAUUUUGAAGGUGCGCGAGAGCUUGACGGCACGGGGAGGAGGAAGAAGAUGGUGGAGGCGACUGGAUGGAAGGGAGCAGGCCAUCCCCGUGAGAGGAAGAAGAAGAUGCUGGUGCGGUGGAGAGGAGGUAGUCGAUGGCUGGAGCUCCUGUGUUUGUUCGUCUUCGCGAGAGGACGAAGGAGAUGAAAGAAGGAAUGGGAGAGUUGUGGCGGGUCUGUCUGAUCGUGGAGUAGGGUUUGGGGGUUGAAAAAAAAUGGACAAAUUUCGGUAGGAGGUAGGAUUCGAACAGUGGGCUGUUUUAAUGAAAUCAGAGGUGCAAU